GGAAGCCGGAAGUCGCCGCCGCCGUCGUCCCCUCCCCGUCCCCGCCCGCCGGGUGCCGCCGGAGGUUGACAGGUCGAGGCGGGGAGGCGGCGGCGGCGGCACAGCCGGACGCCCGACACGGAGACUCCAUGGGGAACGCUCCGAGUCACAGCAGUGAAGACGAAGCGGCUGCCGCCGGGGGCGAGGGCUGGGGCCCGCACCAGAGCUGGGCGGCCGACUCGGGCACGGUCGCCGGCUCGGGCCCCGCGGCUCCGGCGCUGCCGCCCGCCGCGGCGCUGCUGGAGCCGGCCCGACUGCGAGAGGCGGCGGCGGCGCUGCGGCCCGCGCCGCCCUGCGAGUCUCUGGUGUCCAGGCACCACGGCGCGCUGCUGCGCUGGCUGGAGGAGCGGCUGGGCCGCGGCGAGGAGUCCGUCACCCUGGAGCAGUUCCGGGAGCUGCUGGAGGCUCGCGGCGCCGGCUGCUCGGGCGAGCAGUUCGAGGAGGCCUUUGCCCAGUUCGACGCAGAGGGCGAUGGCACUGUGGACGCUGAGAGCAUGCUGGAGGCCCUCAAGCAUUCCAGCGGCGCUAACCUCCAGGGCGAGCUGAGCCACACCAUCCGGCAGCUGCAGGCCUGCUCCCUUGUCCCAGGUUUUAUCGACAUCUUCUCAGAGUCCAAGGAGGGUCUGGGUGUGCACGCGUCCCUGAUCCUGCGCUUUCUACACCGCAACCGGCUCUCCGGCACAGCUGUGCCCUGCCCCAUGCUGGACCACUGCGCCAACGUGUGUGCCAUGAGGGCCUCUGUUCUCAAGGAGUCCUUGGACCAGCUGCUCCAGAGGGAGAAGGAGAGUCCUGGAGAUCUAACCGGAAGCCCGGAGAUGGAUAAACUCAAGUCAGUAGCGAAGUGUUACGCUUACAUAGAAACCUCGUCAAACCCUGCUGACAUUGACAAGAUGACAAAUGGAGAAACGUCAUCGUACUGGCAGUCGGAUGGCAGUGCCCGCUCGCACUGGAUCCGCUUAAAAAUGAAGCCAGACGUUGUGCUUCGACACUUGUCCAUCGCGGUGGCUGCCACUGACCAGAGCUACAUGCCGCAGCAGGUGACAGUAGCCGUGGGGAGGAGUGCCAGUGAUCUGCAGGACGUCCGCGACGUGCACAUUCCCAGCAAUGUCACCGGCUACGUGACGCUACUGGAGAAUGCCAACAUCAGUCAGCUCUAUGUCCAGAUUAACAUAAAACGUUGUCUUAGCGAUGGAUGUGACACUAGAAUUCAUGGUCUGAGGGCUGUUGGCUUUCAGAGAGUUAAGAAGUCUGGGGUCUCGGUGUCAGAUGCUUCUGCAAUCUGGUACUGGUCUCUGCUGACCUCUCUGGUGACGGCGUCCAUGGAGACAAACCCUGCCUUUGUCCAGACGGUGCUGCACAACACGCAGAAGGCACUGCAGCACAUGCCUCCGCUUUCCCUCUCACCAGGAUCUACAGAUUUCUCGACUUUCCUGUCUCCCAAUGUUCUAGAAGAAGUGGACAGCUUCCUCAUACGGAUAACUAGCUGCUGCUCAACUCCUGAGGUGGAGCUAACCCUUCUGGCCUUUGCACUGGCAAGAGGAAGUGUUGCCAAAGUGCUGAGCUCUUUGUGCACCAUCAGCGAGCACCUGGACACGCAGUACAAUGCCUCGUCCCUUAUCGCCUCCAUGGCGUCCGUCAGGCAGAGCCUGCUGCUUAAAUACGGUAAACCUCUUCAGCUGAUCCUUCAGGCCUGCGAUGUCAAAGGGAAAGAAGAGAAGUCAGGCCCAGAAAACCUCCUGGUGGAGCCGUGGACCAGAGAUGGGUUUCUUACAGAGACUGGGAAGACCAGAGCAAGUACCAUUUUUUCUACAGGAACUGAAUCUGCGUUCCAAGUUACACAGAUCAGAAUUAUGGUUCGACGUGGUGGCAUUGGUGCCCAGUGUGGGUUGGUGUUUGCCUAUAACUCCUCUUCUGAUAAAUUCCAUGCAGAAGAACACUUCAAGAGGUUUGAAAAAUAUGACAAAUGGAAGCUUCAGGAAUUCAGGCAAUUUGUAAAAAGCAGGGCUGGUUGCCCCUCUGAGGAGCUCGGAGAGGAUGACCCCGUUGGCUGGUUUGAGCUGGAAGAAGAGUGGGAUGAAGUGGAUGUGAAGUUGUGGCAGUGCAGAGUAGCCCAGUACCUGAUGGUGAAGUUCCUGUGCUCGCGCCAGGAGUCGGCGGAGCGCUUGGGCGUGCAGGGCCUCAGCAUCAGCGGGUAUCUGAGGCCAGUGAGCGCGGAAGCGGAGCAGCCUGCCGUCUGCACCCUCUGCAGGAAGGACGGGGAGGACAGCGUCUGUGGGGCCACCCUGCUCCUCAGGACACUUCAGUUCACUCAGCAGCUCGCCCAUGACCUGGUGCAGCAGAAGGAAAGUGGCUUAAAAUACAAAUCUUUUCUGGACUUCGCGGGUCUUGAUUUGCAAAUCUUCUGGAAUUUUUACAGUAAAUUAAAGCAAAACCCGAGGGAAGAAUGCAUCUGUGCCCAAACCCUGCUUCUGCGUCUCCUCCAGAGCUGCUUCUCUGUGCUGCAGAGGGACGGGCCAGCCGCCUGCCUGCAGGCAAAGGCUCCCCGGCAGAGUCCUGCAGGGGCCGUGGCUGCCAAGGAGCUCCACACACAUUUAUGUGACGUGGUGGACAGGGUGGAUGGAGACUCUGCACCCGUGGAAACGUUAAAACAAGAAGUCAGGAAUACCCUUCUCAAUGGGGCUGCCGUCUUCUUUCCUGACCGACAGACCCGGCGGGACCAUCUCUUCACCAUGAUGAAGCACGUCACCGAGCAGGAGCACAAGCAGUCCCUGCAGCUCACUUUCCGUUCGCUGUGUACCUAUUUUAGUGAUAAGGAUCCAGGUGGCCUCCUGCUCUUGCCUGAGAAGGGUGACAUGACCGACCUGAACAACCCUGAAGUACUAGCGGUCACAAGCACCCUCCUGUCCGUCGCUGCCCGAGAGUGUGAACUGCUGGUGCUCACAGGUGCCCAAGGGGAGGCUGGCUCCGUGCUGCUGUCCCUGUUCUGGGCCGUCCAGGGCAGCCUGCUCUCCUGGUGCUUCCUGCAGCUGAAGAGCACCGACCCCGCGGCCAGAGGCCGUGCCGCCGACCUGCUGGAGCAGUAUGUGAGGCAGUUUCUGGCAAGCAUAAGAAUGAUUUUGGAAUCCCUCUUGUCACAGCACAGUGGAAAAACCAUCGUAGAAAAGUUAUGUAACUCAGUGUUUUCGAUGGCAGCUCGUCAACUGGUCAUCUUCCUGCUGGACUUCUGCGCGUUGGACGUCCCCCACUGCACGCUGCUACGCGAGUUCAGCACGCUGACGGGGCUGCUGAGGCGGCUCUGUGCUGACCCAGAAGGGCUGCUCGAUAAGCUCGAUGCAGAGACGUGGCAGCAGGAGUGUCCCGUGGUGUUACAUACCUGGACAAAGGAGUCUGCCCAUAACUAUGAAAACAACUGCCACGAGGUGUCUCUCUUCGUGAGCCCGGGGGCAACCUACUUUGAGGUGGAGUUUGAUGAGCGGUGUGAGACGGAGAAAAGGUAUGAUUAUCUGGAAUUCACUGACGCCAGAGGAGGAAAAACACGCUAUGACACCAAGGUCGGCACCGAGAAGUGGCCCAAGAAAGUGACCUUUAAGGCUGGCCCCCGGCUGCAGUUCCUCUUCCACUCCGACAGCAGCAACAAUGAGUGGGGCUACAAGUUCACCGUCACUGCCUACGGCCUGCCCGAUGUGGCCGUGUCCUGGGCGCUGGACUUGCAGCUGCUCGUUUCCCGACUGAUGGGACGCCUGGCCGCCCAGUGCAUGUCGCUCAAGUCCGUGCACCAGUUCGGGAGUGACAUCGUGGUGCCUCCCGCAAAAAUGGCUUCGGUCCUGAACUCCCCACUGUGGAAACCUGUCUUCAGGCAUCAGCUGAGUCCAGAGUUGGGAUUAGCAGCGAGCUGGCCCACUCCCCUGCACCAGGAUAGUAAGGAGGUCAAGAAUAUCCCCGACGAUCCCUGCCACCACUUUCUUCUUGAGUUUGCACAGUCAGACCCUGCCCAGAACUUCUGUGGGCCAUUUUCAGAACUUUUCAAAGGAUUCAUACAGGCAUGUAGAAAACAGGCCCCAAAGACAGAUAUAGUUGCUGGUUCCACUAUUGAUCAAGCUGUGAACGCCACCUUUGCUGCUCUGGUGUGUCGUACUCCAGGCUUGUAUGAGAAGCUGCAGAAAUAUGUAAAAAGUGGGGGCAGCACAGCCCUGAGCGAAGAGUUUGCCCAGGUCUAUUGCUUGGCAGAUGGCAUUCGAAUAUGGAUGCUGGAGAUGAAGCAGAAGUCCCUGAUGACGCUGGGGGAUGAGGCAGAAGGAAGGCGCGGGUCGGAAGCUGCUGAGGUGAACCCCGAGGGCCUGGCAAAAGAGUGUAUUCAGAAGAGUCUCCUGUUACUAAGAUUUUUGCCCAUGGGAGUGAGUUCAAAGGAAAGCUGUGAUGGGCUGGUGGCUGCAGAUGAAACAGAUCACCUCCAGCCACGGGACAGGCGUCUGAGGACGAGCUCUGUGGUCGAGGAGCAUUUCCAGGCUUCUGUGUCGCCCGUGGAAGUGGGCACCCCUGCUGCGGGCGACGGGGGUCCUGGCUCGGAUGUGCAGCCAAAGCUGCCAACCAGCAGCGGGCCCACUGCUGCCGACCUGUCCUCUGCCACCACCGAAGAGCCCUUGUCACCUUCUGCCCCCGCCCGGCGUCCUCCCUUCGCCCGAGGACGACUCCGGCUGCUCUCCUUCCGGUCCGUGGAGGAGGCCAGGCCAGCGCCCACUGUGAAGGAGAAGUACCCCGUGCUGAAGGACGUGCUGGACUUCAUCAAGGACCAGUCCCUCUCCCACGACAGCGUUGUGAAGGUUCUUGCCUUAAGGAAGGCCCAGGCACAGAGUGUCAUUGAGGUCCUGAGGAUCAUUCAGUACUGCUUGGAGUCCCUCGGACAGCCCCACUGCUUCCACCCGCCAUAUGUGCUCUUCCUGCUGGAGCUGCUGACCUGCCAGAAGGAGUUUACCAACUACUUCGCGCACUUGGAGGGCUGCGGCGCGCCCCUGCACAAGGAGGUUCGCGACACUUACUACCAGUUUGUCCUGCUGCUGGUCGAGGCGGUGAAAGGGUUUCGCAGCAUAAAUGACAGGUCCUUGCUGCCUGCCUUGUCCUGUGUGCAGACGGCCUUGCUGCAUUUUCUGGAUAUGGGCUGGGAACCCGGCGAUCUAGCCUUCUUUGUGGACAUUCAGUUGCCGCAUCUCCUCAUGAAGAUGUCACAAGAAAAUAUAAGCGUCCAUGACAGUGUGAUCAGCCAGUGGAGUGAAGACGACGAGCUUGCCGAUGCCAAGCAGAAUUCAGAAUGGAUGGACGAGUGUCAGGACGGCAUGUUUGAGGCCUGGUAUGAAAAAAUAGCCCAGGAAGAGCCGGAGAAGCAGAGGAAAAUGCACAUGUUCAUUGCUCGCUACUGUGACCUGCUCAAUGUGGACAUCUCGUGUGAUGGCUGUGACGAGAUUGCGCCCUGGCACCGCUACCGAUGUCUGCAGUGCAGCGACAUGGAUCUCUGCAAGACCUGCUUCCUAGGCGGGGUGAAGCCCGAGGGCCAUGGAGACGACCACGAGAUGGUCAGCAUGGAGUUCACCUGUGACCACUGCCAGGGUUUGAUCAUCGGCAGGAGGAUGAACUGUAAUGUGUGUGACGACUUUGAUCUCUGCUACGGGUGCUACGCGGCAAAGAAAUACUCUUAUGGCCACUUGCCCACGCACAGCGUCACGGCCCACCCGAUGGUGACCAUCCGCAUCAGUGACCGGCAGAGGCUCAUCCAGCCGUACGUCCACAACUACGCCUGGCUGCUGUUCGCUGCUCUGGCACUCUACAGCGCACACCUGGCCAGCGGGGAGGACGCGGCCGGGGAGAGGCUGGGCCCCCAGGAGCACAGCAGCGCCAGCACCCUGCGCAGCCAAUGCCUGCAGCUUGCUGGGGACUGUCUGAUGCAGGCCCACCAGGGAAAAGGUCUGAAAACUCUGUGUCUUCUCGGUGUACUGCCGGAUGGGGAAUCUGAUCCAGACCGCCGGGCCCCGCCUGUCGCCGUGCCCAGCCGUGCACUGGAGGAGGACAGAGCCAUCCGUGCUGUGGAGGACCCGUUGCACGCAGGCCCUUCUGUGCUCUGCCAUGGCAAGAGAGAUGGUCCAGAGGAAGUCAGGCCUUUAGACAGCCAGCAGGCAAGUAAGGCGGACGAAGAAGGCGUGUCAUUGGCGAAGGGUCCUCCGUGCCAGGCUCAGGCUUCCGACUCACCUGCGGAUGGAGGCACAGCUCCCAGGCGUCCAGAUGCUGAAAAUGCGGAUGUGUUGUCUCAGAAGCCCCUCGAGGAGAAAGCGGUUCCUGCAAGCACCGAACAGGUGUUUGCUGAGUGCUCCCAGAAGAGGAUUCUGGGGUUGCUAGCGGCCAUGUUACCUCCCCUAAAGUUGGACCCCACGGUGCCCUCGAUGCCCCUGGAGCGUGUCCUCCCACUCAUGUUCCAGGUUGUCAUCUCAAACGCAGGCCACCUGAACGAGACCUACCACCUCACACUGGGGCUCCUUGGCCAGCUGAUCGCCCGCCUCUCACCAGCAGAGGUGGAUGCCGCGGUGGUGACGGUCCUCUCCGCCGAGCACGCCCUGUUUGCCUCAGGGGACAGUUCCGUUGUGCCUGACGGCUGGAAGACCACCCACCUGCUCUUCAGCCUGGGGGCAGUGUGUCUGGACAGCCGCGUGGGCUUGGACUGGGCGUGCUCCAUGGCGGAGAUCCUGCGCUCGCUCAGCGGUACGCCCCGGUGGCGGGACGUCAUUGCCACCUUCACAGACCACUGCGUCAAGCAGCUGCCUUUCCAGCUGAAGCACACCAACGUCUUCACCCUCCUGGUGCUGGUCGGCUUCCCGCAGGUUCUCUGCGUGGGCACCCGCUGUGUGUAUAUGGAUAAUGCCAAUGAGCCACAUAACGUCAUCGUCCUGAAGCACUUCACGGAGAAGAACAGGGCUGUGAUCGUCGAUGUCAAAACCCGGAAGAGGAAAACAGUGAAGGACUACCAGCUGGUGCAGAAGGGGCAGGAGUGCAGCGGCUCUCAGGCCCAGCUGAGCCAGUACGCCCAGCACUUGGCCUUCAUCGCCAGUCACCUUCUGCAGACCAGCAUGGACAGCCACUGUCCUGAGGCCGUGGAAGCUACCUGGGUCCUGUCCCUCGCCCUCAAAGGACUCUACAAAACACUGAAGGCUCACGGUUUCGAAGAGACUCACGCGACCUUCCUUCAGACGGAUUUGCUGAAGCUCCUGGUGAAAAAGUGCAGCAAAGGGACCGGUUUCAGUAAAACAUGGCUCCUGCGGGACCUGGAGAUUCUGUCCAUCAUGCUGUACUCCUCGAAGAAGGAGAGCCACACCUCAGCCGAGCACGCAGCCCUGGAGCGAGACGAGCGAGGGGACCCCGAGGACAAGGUAGAGGGCAUGGUCAGCAGCCCCACCGAGCCAGAGCAGAAGAAGCUGGACCCUCUGGAGAGCCUGGACGAGCCCACCCGAAUAUGUUUCUUGCCCCGUCUCUCCUGUGCUUCCUCCCGUGGCCUCCAGAUGGCGCACGACGCGCUCCGUGCCCCGCUGCACGUCCUCCGGGCCAUCUACGAGCUGCAGAUGAAAAGGACCGACUCCUUCUUCCUGGAGGUUCAGAAGAGCACUGUGAACACCGGCCCCGCCCUGCUACGUGCGUCCUCUCUGAGCUGUGCUGCGUGUCCCUCUGGGAGUGGACAUCAAGUGGACGCCAGAGCUUCUCUCAUAUGUCAUCCUGGGCCCUGCGGCCAGAGUGCUGUUUGCAGGUUCGACGGGGACGAGCUCACCACGGAUGAAAGGAUUCGGACCCUGGCUCAGAGGUGGCAGCCCAGCGGGGGUCUGAGGCUGGAGGAGCAGAGUGCCAAAGCCGUGGACACAGACAUGAUUAUCUUACCAUGCUUGGCCCGGCCCGCAUGCUGUGAGCAGGCCACGACCGAGUUGAACCCCGUGAGCCAGAAGCUCAUCGCCAGCACGGAGAGUGAGCUGCGGCAGAGCUACGCCAAGCAGCGGCGCAGCAAGAGUGCUGCCCUCCUGCACAAGGAGCUGAACGGCAAGAGCAAGCGGGCCGCCCGCGACUACCUGUUCCGCGUCAACGAGGCCACAGCCGUGCUGUACGCCCGCCACGUGCUGGCCUCCUUGCUUGCCGAUUGGCCGGGACACGUGCCAGUGAGUGAGGACACCCUGGAACUCAGUGGCCCGGCCCACAUGACCUACAUCCUGGACAUGUUCAUGCAGCUGGAAGAAAAGCAUCAGUGGGAAAAGAUUCUGCGGAAGGUGCUCCAGGGCUGCCAAGGGAGCAUGCUGGGGACCAUGGCCCUGGCUGCGUGCCAGUUCAUGGAGGAGCCUGGCAUGGAGGUGCAAGUCAGGGAGUCGAAACACCCCUAUAACAAUAAUACCAACUUCGAGGACAAAGUCCACAUCCCUGGUGCCAUCUACCUGUCGGUCAAAUUCGACCCGCAGUGCAGCACAGAGGAGGGCUGCGACGAGCUGGCCAUGGCCAGCAGUAGUGACUUCCAGCAGGACCGACACACCUUCAGUGGGUCGCAGCAGAAGUGGAAGGAUUUUGAGCUCCCAGGAGACACUCUGUACUACCGCUUCACCUCGGACAUGAGCAACACGGAGUGGGGCUACAAAUUCACUGUGACGGCAGGACACCUGGGGCGGUUCCAGACAGGGUUCGAGAUUUUGAAGCAGAUGCUGUCGGAAGAAAGAGUCGUUCCACAUCUGCCCCUGGCCAAAAUUUGGGAGUGGCUGGUGGGUGUGGCUUGUCGCCAGACUGGGCAUCAGCGGUUGAAAGCCAUCCACCUGCUCCUGAGGAUUGUCCGAUGCUGCACCCACAGUGACCUCUGUGACCUUGCGCUGCUGAAGCCGCUGUGGCAGCUCUUCACGUACAUGGAGUAUAGCCGGCUGGAGGACGUGACGCAGCCUGGCAUCCUGCUGCCCCUGCACCGCGCCCUCACCGAGCUGUUCUUCGUCACGGAGAACCGGGCCCAGGAGCUCGGCCUGCUGCAGGAUUACCUGCUGGCCUUAACCACGGACGACGACCUUCUCCGCUGUGCGGCACAGGCUCUGCAGAACAUUGCUGCCAUCAGCCUGGCCAUCAACUACCCCAACAAGGCGACCGGCCUCUGGAAUGUCGAGUGCUAGCCUUUGCUGUGGCCUGCACAGAAAGGGGGCGUCUGUCCACAAGCGCUCACACGGACAUCUGAACUCAUUCAGGAAAACGCCCAGCCCCCUUGAGCUCCCACUCCCAUUCCUAGCAGGAUGCCAGGCAGCCUGCGUCCGAGCAGCGGCCAUGUCACACGCUCGUGCCGGCAUGACCACAGCAUGUGGGAGCGAGUGCCACAGGGCUGCUCAGAGGGUCAGCCCAGGAAGGUCUGAAGGAGCCUCUCUGGAAAGGGUUCUGUCUCUGGAGCUGCUGCACUUGGCCUUCCCGUGAAGCCGGAGUUGGCCCCGAGCUGCCUUCCUCAGGAGGACCUGGAGCGGCGGCCUGGCCUGGGCUCUUCUUACGCUCUUGCUUCUGGAGACUGGGCAGCCCCAACCAAAGCCAGGGAGAGCUCGUCCUGGCCACCUGCUGGUGCCCACGUGGCCGUCUCACGGAAGUCCUCAGUGAGCAGGUGUCCGUGGUCACAGCCGGUGGGCUGCCCGUGGGCAUCACUCUCGCUCCGACUCCCCGCACGUCUGCGUUUUGUUGUUUUCUCCUGUUUCAGUUUCUGCCAGACAUUCUCAGAACUGAACCACGUGACUCCCUUGUGAGGCCUCCAGGGGGCCUGAUGGAACAGUCAUCCAGGGGACACGCUGCUCAUGGGAAAGCCUCUGUACUUAAAGACUCGAAGUGUUAUCAGAUGGAUCUUAUUUUAGAAGUAAAAAAAAGAAAAAAACAAAAAAACCCAAACCAAAAACCAAACAGAGAAUAUAUGAUGAUUUUAUUUCUUCUCUGAGGUCCUGGUAGUCCAUCGCUUUGACCCCUGGGACUCAGUGUGCUUGCCUGGCUGUUGGUCCGCCGUCACAGCAUCUGUUUGAGUGAAUGCCGUUUCUGCUCUCCCUUUGAGGAUACCGGUCUCUCCCUGAAGUGCUGAAGACUCUCCUUCCAAAGCCAGGCUUUGGAAUGUGAGGCUGGGAGGGCAUGCGGGCCGUGGACGAGCUUCCGUGGGACUUGUUGUUGUGAAGAGGCCUCAGGCCAUUUCAGGAUGGCGUGUGGGCUGGAGUGCGUCCCCCCACAAGGGGCCCACGGAAGGCUCCUCGCAGCCAGGGCCACGCUGAGCGGGUCUGCACCGGCAUGUGACCGCUGUCUGCGGGUGCCUGGGUGGGAAGGGCCCAAGGCUGCAGGUCUCAGGAGGGUCUUCCUGCAGAAGCACUUCUGCAUCAGUGGGACGAGGGGCGGCGGCUCCUGCAGCCAGCCCUAGAGCUCGGUUCUCAGGUCCCCAAGCUGCAUGAGGAGCCUUCCUGGGAGGGGCCAUCCAAAGGAGACCGGGGGAAGGGGUUAGGUCUUGAGACUUGGUGACCUCAAGCCCGAGGCCCUGGGCCCGCUCUGGUCCCCCAUGGUGUCGGGAUGCAAACAGGUGGGCACUGUGGUGCGGUAGAAACCCAUUCUCGUCUUCCACUCUGUCUGCCGCCCCAGAGAAGUCCCCACUUCCGUACCGCCCAGACCCGGCGGGUCUCUCAGGGCAGAGGGAGGUCACAGAGCCGGUGGUGGGGCCCCAGCUCUGCCAAGGGGGGACCUGGAAGAGAGGACCAUGCAUCACCACUUCAUCUCGCUGCCAUCCACAGCCCUCAUGACCUGGACUGCUGACCAGGCCAGACAGCCCGGGCAGGGCAUGCCUAUGGGGGCAGGACCACCAACUUGGCUCUCUGUCCCUGGGAGGCCGACUUUGUAAACGCCGGCCUCUGCCCGCUGCUGUCUGCCCUUGCCCUGGCUGUUCUGGUCUCUCUGCCCACCCUGCCCAGAGCGAGCCUGGGUCCCACCUGGCACACAGCUGCUGCUCUCCCCUGCUCGCCGCCCCACGCCGGCUGCCCUACAUUGCAGCUGCCUCGACUCCCGGCUGCCCCAAGAAGCCAAUGCCUCCAAGACAGGCCUCCCUUUGAUCCUUCCCGGAGGCAGGCUUGCCAGGCAGGAGCUAAAAGCGGCGAGAAUAAAGGUUUCGCGAAAACAUGUGCCUGAUCCAUAAAGAGAUUCCGACCCAAACCCUAUAAAUUGUACGAACGGACAUCGCUCACACUGGGAGGGGUGACUUGGUUUCAUCACCGUUUUUCAUUUGUUUUCUUACGGGUUUACGAUUUUGAAUUUUUCUUAUUUGUUUGAAAGAAAGAAUUUUGAUUAUAUCAAGCUGAGUGAGUUCAGCCUGUAAAAAGGAUGUUAAGUUUUGGGUAAAUGCAAAUGAAGAGAAAUAUAUUAUACAAAUUCUAUAUAAAAACAGUA